ACAGCUUAUUUCAAAGUAAAGAUCUCUAUACAUCUCUAUGAGUCCAAUACAAAUGGAUUGAUAGACAACAAUAAGGUUUUUCACAACUCUAUUUCACCACAGAGCUGGUAUUUUAUGGUAAAGUAUGUGGGCCGGGGCUUUAAACUCUGUAAACUUACAGUAAAUCAUUGCCAAGUUGGCACUAACCUAUUAAGACUGAAAAGGAGGGGCCAAACAGGAUAGCUUUGAACUUGUGUGGGUGGUCGCAUGAUCAAAAUAGAAUUUGGAGAUGGGAAUGGCCACGGAAACGCUGCCUGGUUUUUGUUUAGAGCCCUUUUUGAUUUCAUGUUAUAAUAACAUUUACCAAUCACAUCUAUCACAUAUUAGAGAAUCUGCUUUUAUGUUAUGUCAUCCUAGUACAUUGACAUUCACUGCAAUCAAUAACGUGCACUGGUGGUCUCUAGGUCUCUUCCAGGCAGGCAGCCGUGUUAAUGAUUAACUGACCAGUCAGAUUUAUUGUGUACAGUGAUGCAGUCAGGAAGCAUUUCCUUCUCUAGCCUCUCCGGGAAACACACACUCUACAGAGACACACUCUCAUGAGUGUCUAGGAGACACUCACUGUCUGUUUACAGCUACCAGACCUACACUUCUAGCUGCCAGAUGAAUCAGACCAUGCACACCUCACACAGCUCUCAUCCCAGAUGUGACCCUCUCCCUGAGGUCACAGUGGGUCAGGGUCACCUAGGAUCAUCCUCAGAACACACACAGGACCGAACAUCCCUCAAACAUGUGACCUACAGCAAGAACUCCUCUCAGAUCUGUCCAUCCGCGGGCCACAGAGACUGGCUCUGCCCUGUGUGUCUACAAACUGCCAGCUUCCCCGUACAGACCAACUGUGGCCAUCUCUUCUGUGCUCCCUGUCUGAUCUCUUACUGGAGACAUGGGUCCUGGCUGGAUGCCAUAAGCUGCCCUCUGUGUAGACAAAAGGUCAGGGUCAUGUAUCGUCUGUUCAGUGAGGGUUGGUCAGACAGAAAAGAGAGGGAGGUUCUGGGAGAAAUCACAGACUACAACAAACGCUACUCAGGAGCCCCUCGAAAGGUGACAGACUACCUGUGUGACACGCCCCUGUUCCUGCAGCUGCUAGUCCGUCGCCUGGUCACCAUGGGGGGCCUAGUGUGUCUCUUCUUCCUCCGGGUGGCGCUUUGCUGUCUGGGGACUGUGGUGUCCUUCUCCACGCCCCCCCUGGAUGCUCCACCCUCCCUGUCUGGCCUCCUGGGGGUCCUGGAUGACCUGGUGGUGGUCUUCCUGCUGCUCAUCUGUGUUAUCAACAUCAACCAGCAGAUGGCACCAGAUAGUGGGAACUCAUCAGAGCACACAGGGGGUAGGCCUGUUCAGUAACUCUCUGUAGAGCGAGCAGCAGAAAUGAUGGCCAGCAGUGAUUUAGCCUUCAUUUCAACAGGAGAUCUCUUGAGGUAAAGAACCUAUUUUUUGAGAGCGAGACCUAGCAAGAAGUAAGCAGAGUGUCUGCUGGUUUUCAUCCAGGGGUUAACAGGGGAGUAUUCACUAGGAACCAAAUGGAGAGGGAUCUAACUGAAUUUGUCUAAUAGAAACUCUCGUUUUUGUUGCAAAACAGUUUGGACUAAUGAUUACACCCCAGGUUUUGGACUCAUUGUAGCACUAGCAGAGACGUGUUCAGGUUUUCAGCAAAUUACAGCCCAACAGUGGUAAGUCUAACCAGAGGCCCAGUUUAUGCAUUGCUGAAUACAAGUGAGUCUCAAGUGUCAUACAACUAGCCUUCUUUCCUUCAUGACCACUGAUCUUGUGAAAGCAACAUGGUGGAACCUACACAACUAGUUUCUCCUCCUCCAGUGGCAUGUUUUAUGGAUUUUUUUAUUUUUUUUUUUAAAUGUAGCAUUUCAAUGUUUUUUUGUGUAGUUUUUCUUUCUACUCCUACAGUACCUGUAGCUAGGGUUGCAAAAUUCCGGUAAGUUUCAAUAAAUUCCCAGGUUUUCCCUAAAUCUCGGUUGGAAGAUUCCCAGAAUCAGGAGGGAAUAAGCAGGAAAUCCAGAAUCCUCCAACCAGGAUUUGUAGGGAAAAAAAACAGGGAAUUUAUUGAACGUUCCUGCAAUUUUGCAACCCUACCUGUAGCCUUUAUUUUGGUGACCGUGUUAUCAUCGUUAUCAAUGGCCUUCAGUGGUUCAAUGAAGCCUGGGGUCUGUUCAGGGGGGUGCAGCUUAAAUGUAGACCUAUUAUAUUGCACCCUGCUCAAUGCAACCCUGCUGUUUCUCAGUGAUGUCAGUACUAUAAAAUGAAACUGUAAAUACUUGAUAUUAAUAUUGUGAAUACUUGUAAAAUCCUAUAAAUGAUGUAUUUAUUGUUCUGAAA